CAAACCAAACCAAACCAAACGCAUGAGAGAUUCUUCCCAAUACUUCAUCAUAUACAAAACACACACUUUCCCCAAACCCCUUCUUUCACUUUCGAUCCAUACUUUUUAAUUUUACUUAAUCAACACUUUCACUUUUAGCUCACCGCAAUCCACCCACAGCUCCGUUCACCGAUCAUCUCUCCGGCAACCAUAAUUCAACCCUUAAUAAGCCAGGGUUGGCUGAAGUUUGAGAGACGGGUGCUAAUAGCAACAAAACUCAAUCACAAAGCAACCAAGAUGGAAGUGAUACUGUCAUGAUGGACAAGGCAUCUGAAAAUUUGGAGUUGACCAAUAAAGACCAAACAUCAUUGUCCGACCAAGAAACAAAGUCGGAGUCUACAGUAGUUAAGGAGUCGCAUGAAAGUGGUAGCCAUGCCUCACAUUCUAAUCAAGAAGGGAGUUCAAUCACUGUAUCACCUGACAAAGAGUUAGAAAAACAAGAUUCUACCCUUCCUACCGGAAGUGCUGCAUCAGAAUGUCUUCAGGAAGGAAAUGCUAUUGCUAAAAUACCUAAGAAUGAAUCCAACACGUCACAGCAAACUGCUGAAUCGGAACAAGAUCAGGACAAUAUUGUUGUGGCUGUAAGGCCUGAGAAAGGAUUGGAUAAAUUACCACUGAGACGCAAUGCUGACAACAUUACCCCUCCUCUGGCUCCUCCUGAUCAAGGAGUAGCUUUCUCAAAACUACCUGAAAAACCUACUGGCGAUGGAUAUAAUUGGAGAAAGUAUGGUCAAAAAUUUGUAAAAGGGAAUACAUUUGUCCGAAGCUAUUACAAAUGUACAUUUACUAAUUGCCCGGCAAGAAAACAGGUGGAGCGUUCACAUGAUGGUAAUAUUACUGAAAUAAAUUACUUGUGGAAACAUGACCACCCUAAGCCACAGAUGCUUCAAAAAGCGUCAACAACAUAUGUUCUGUCUGUUCAAUCUAAAGCAUCUGAUGAGCUCUCUUUGACAACAUCAGAAGACCAUUCAUCUGUGCAUCCUGAUCCUGAGUCAUCAGAAACAGAGACCCCCAAGCUCUCAAUAGUUCCCCCGACUGAGAAUCCGGUGGAAGUUGCAGUUUCACAGUCAAAUGAUAUGAAAAAUGAGGCUAGCAUCGAUCUAUCAUCAGACUCGAAGAGACAGAAGAGAGAGAACCCAAGCACAAUUGAAGGUAUUUCAACUAAGACAAACUGUGAACCGAGAGUAGUUGUGCAGACAACAAGUGCAGUUGAUAUUGUAAAUGAUGGCUAUCGGUGGCGAAAGUAUGGGCAGAAAUUAGUAAAAGGCAACCUCAAUCCGAGGAGUUAUUACCGAUGUUCAAGUGCUGGCUGUUUUGCUAAGAAACAUGUAGAACGGGCAUCUCAUGAUGAAAAAGUGGUCAUUACAACUUAUGAGGGACGACAUGAUCAUGAUAUGCCUGCCGGUGGUCGAACUGUUUCUCAAAACAUGUCUGGAACCAGCACUGGCAUCACGUCUGUCAACAAUGAUGGUUCAAGAUCUCAACCUGAAUCUGGCAGUAUGGAAAUGGUUCUUCAUGUUAGUGCUACCUGAGCUACUUACCAAAGCACCAUGGUUAUCUAAUUUACUUUUUCUGUUCUACCCUUAGGUCUCGAUGGUAGUCACAUAGUGUUGUUAUAUACCCAUAAAUCGUCAUGAUUGGCAGAUUAAAGAUUGAGUUAUUUGGAUGAGCUAUAGAUAUCAUAUGAACAGAUAUUUAUAUUUGAUUUUAUUUGAACAAUACAAGCUGCACGUCGUUUAUGACACAGACCGUGGUUGUAGCAGCUCAAUGUCACCCUUUUGAAUUGUGAAAUAGACCAAGAAUGCUUAUCAGUC